AAAUGCAUUAAGCACAGAAAUAACUGAAUAACAAUAAUAUUAAAAAGGUCCCAAGGAUCCUCAACAAUUUACAUGAUUCAAAUCAAUUCAAGGAAGAUCAUCUACUAGUUCUAAUCAAUAGAGAUUUAGCUACUCAUAAUAAAAUUAAUAAGCAACAUGGAGUAAAUAAGAGAAGAAAUUAAACCAAAAAUUAUGUUGCUUGCCACUGCCGUCGCGUUCUGUUCCUUCUCUUCUUUCUCCCAAAGUCUGCGUCAAUUAGGUUACAAAAGAAAGUUGCUUUUUAUAUGCCCCUGGGAACAAAUCGCAACCCUUAAAGGAAUGAAGGAAUCAUCUCCCUAUAACAUGUUGAAAAGCAAGUACCCAUCGUGCACUAAGAAUAGAUCGCGUCCCUAUAAUGCAUAAUCUGUCUUUUCUUAUGAUGACGUGUCAGCGUAGGAGCAAAUCAUGUGGUUGAUGUCAUGUACACGCGCAGCAGCUAAUUGCGCCCCUAUUUGAUCAUUAUAGCAACGCGAGAAAAACAGAGAAGUAGGGCGAGAAUCGGCUCACAUACUUGGAAUUUUUCUAAGUGUUUUUCCUCUUUUGAUCUUUUAGUCUUCAAACUCUUGAUAUGUCAUUUUUCUUCCAAUCUUCUUUUCUUUGACCAUGCAUUCUACCUAAAACUUAUUAAACUACAAUGAAAUUGCAAUUAAAAUUAACAAAUGACUGAUUAUCAUCACAUCCAUGAUUGAAAUAAAUUUGGCGUUCCACCAAAUGAACCAAUUUGAUUAAUUUUCGUAUGUUUAUGACUAACUUCAUUUGGCUCAUAGCAUCCAUGAUUGACAACAAUCAUAAUUGUUAUACAUAUGACGUUCUUCCAAACCCGUGCAUCGCACGGGUCGGUUACUAGUUAUAUUGAAAGUUGAGUAUAUCAAUCAUUCUAGAACAAAUUUUUAUUUUAUUUUUGUCAUCUAUUUUAGAAAGGAGGAAGGAUGUAGGGACGAAUCUACCUUUCUUCAAAUGGAGGCAGCUGACCGCAAAUAUUUGUACUACUACUAUGUGUACGCAAUCAGAGUUGAAAAAAGGAAACUUUUUGUGAGACGCGUUUUAGUUAAUAUUGUAUGGAAAAAGAGUGAUCCAUUUCAUUUCAGCUUCCUGAUAAAAAUUACAAUCUCAACACAAAUUCAUUCUCAUUCUUGCUGUGAAAUCAAUUCUUAACAAUUUCCGACAACAUGAUGAAUACUCUAAUCCAAAUUUGGAGAUGGGUUAUGCAGCCAAAGGUGUGGAGAUUUGUAUGUUCUGUUUCAGCUGUUAUUGGACUGCUCUGUUAUGGUCUCAGCUCUUCCUUCAACUAUCUCUUUGGACAUUGGAAUGUCUUGAAGAUUGUUCUAUAUAGCCUUUUCAGCUUCAUCAUCGGCUUCUUGAAUUUAUUUGCAAACAAAUGGCAACACUCAACAAGUCAUUGGAUUAAAGCUCACGCAGCUUUUUUGGUAUUAACAAUCACUACACUCUACUCAUUCUUCUUCGAUAAAUUAAUGAAGGGAAAACCAGAUGCAUAUAGUCUACUUUCAUGUGCUGCUUUUGCUAUCAUGUCACUGAGUUUGUCGCGGGAAACUCAGUCCGGAUUCAAAAUCGAUCUUAUGUAUUUUUUCCUUGGAAGUCUAAUUCUGCAACUGAUGAAGAUUAAAUUGAUAUUAUUCAUUCCAGGAGCAGGUUUCGGUUACUUAAUUGUUAUUCUUCGUUCUUAUUUCUCUUCUAUAAAUGAUGCAAUUCAAGCUGAGUCACAUUCACAUUCACUACAAUUGGCCAGUAUUACUGAUAAUGACGAUCCCACUAGUCUUCAAGAUGAAAAUCUGAAUGUUAUUGUCGAUCCACAUUCAACACAACUGACCAGUACUGAUAUUGGAAGUAGUAUGCUGGAACAACUCAGUGAUUAUGUGAAAGCACUUCAGCAAGAAAAUUCAACUCUCAUCGAAAUGCUUAUGGAGAACUUGAAGGAUUACCUAAGUGAUGAUUCUGCAUUUAGUGGAUUUAAUGUGUCCGAGGACACGGACUUCAUGAUCAUGGCGCUGCCAACUGAAACAAUCGACAACAUUCACAAAACAGCCAAGUUGAUGGUUAGUGCCGGUUUUAAGAGGGAAUUCUCGGACGUGUACAGCAGUUCCCGAAGGGAUUGUUUGGUCGAAAGCCUCUCAAGAUUAGGGUUCAAGAAACUCACCAUUGAAGACCGUCGGAUGUUGUCAUGGAAAGAAAUCGAAAACAAGAUUGUAAGAUGGAUCAAAGCUUCCAACGUGGCUUUGAAGAUAUUGUUACCCACUGAAAGGAAACUCUGCGAUCGGGCUUUCUUUGGGUUCUCCUCCACUGCUGAUUUGUCAUUUAUGGGUGUUUGUUGUGAAUCCGCACUUCAGCUGCUGAAUUUCGCGGAUGUUAUUGCCAUUGGAAGCGGAUCACCAGAGCAGUUGCAUAGAGUCCUCAAGGUGUUCGAAACAAUGCGUGACCUAAUAAUUCCAGAGUUUGAGUCUUUGUUCCGUGAUCAAUACAGUGCAUCCCUGCAAAAGGAAGCAAUCACAGUUUGGAAGAGAUUGGGGGAAGGGAUCAGAGGCAUUUUCACGGAGUUUACGAAUCUGAUUCAGCAAAUUUCAGCUGAGGAAGUAAAUCUCGAUGCGGAAAUUCACCCGAUCACCAUUCACGUGAUGAAUUAUCUCUGUGCUGCUAGUCAGUCACGGAAGACCCUGGAGCAAGUGUUCGAAGGAGAUUAUGGGGAUCUAUUGAAGGAAUAUCCUAAAAUUGAGGAUAGAGUGCAAUCCUCUUCCAAUGUCUCAGGGCAGAUGGGUUUGAUUAUGGAGCUAUUAGAGAGCAAGUUGAUAGCCGAAUCCAAACUCCAUAGCAGGCUGACUGAUUUGUCUCUACGAUUCUUGAUCAGAAACGUUGACUACAUUGUUCAAAAGGCUAAAGAGUGUGAAUUAGGAACCAUUUUAGGAGAUGAUUGGUUCAAAAAUCAGGCUACCCAAUUUAACCAAGAGAUAAAACAAAAAGAAGAGGAACUGCUGUCAAAAAAGCUAAAACAAAAACAAGACGAACUGCUGUUGAAAAAGCAAAAACAAAAAGAAGAAGUACUGCUGUCAACCGGUGUUAAGCUACCACAAAUGGCCCAAGUGUUUAGAAGAAGAGGUUGACAAUACCAUGUUCGAACAUUAAUCCUUGCAAUUAUGUAAUGCAAUGUCAGUGUCAACUGAACAAUGAAUGUUGUUUUUAAUAGAAAAUUGGUUUUGCUAUUCAAAAAGGCGGUAUAGUUUGUUGUCCGCCUUUCAUUCACAUGUAAUUUUCUUAUACUUAUUGCGAAAAUGUUAAAUAGUGCACCCGGUGCGCUAGUUAAUUUUUAUUUAAACUAAGAUAUUAUUAACACAUGAUAGAAUUUAUGAUUUAUAAUUAUUCAUAGAAUAUU